UUAUCAACUUCAGUUUGCAAAAUGUUUUAUUUCCUAACGAGCAUCAUAAUAUCAUGUGGUUUCCUAUUUCUAGAUUCUGCAGGGCAGAGUAUCGUGGGGUUCGGCAUGUGGUCGGUGAUGUCCGUGGAGCCGUGCAAGAACGACGCGGAGAUGCCGUGGCGGGUGCGCCUGCGCAAACACAAGCUGAACCGCACACACGACGCUUUUGACGGGGAACUGUCCUUGCUAGCCGAAGUUGACGACUCCUAUGGUAUUCGCGCAGACAUAUGCAAGAUGGUGGGAGGUGGAUGUAAACCCUUUAUGAGUGAGAGUCGCGAGUGUAUACCCUGCCUAGUAAAAGAGCACGCCCCAGAAAAUGCUAAAACAGUGUUGAUGGCCCUUGGAAUAAACCCACCAGAGUUCCCAAUCCCUAAAGGAGAGUACCGGCUAGACAACUACCUCGUGAACGUAGAAGAUCUGUCGAAGGAAGGAAUUUACGGCGAAUACGGAGGACAACUUUACGUAGUAAAGGACGGGCAGAACAUUGCGUGCGUCCGAAUGUCCGUUAAGUACGAACCGAUUGACAAUAUUGGCUCCUUGCCGGCUCUGUAUGGUUAA